AUGCGUCGCGCUCAAAGCGCCCGACACCACGCAAGGCGUUCUCUGGCAUUGGGGACAGACGACUUGGGAGUGCUCAGAGAGGCCGACGAGUCUCCUGAAGACGGUUUGCGACGCCAAUUACUCGAGAAAAGUAGAGAGAAUGAUAAACUUCAGGCAACUAUCUUGAGUCUACAAGCACAAUUGUCUGAACGCCCCCCAAUAGAGCACAUCCAAGAGCUGGAGAAGGAGUAUAAGGACCUUGAGCUGCUUCUACAAGGAACUCAGCGAGAGAAUGAACGAUGCAUGUCAGAACUUGAGAGAGGGAGGAAUCGCGAGAAGAUGCUAGAGCAAGCAUUAGCAAAGGUAGCAGGUGAAAAUUGGCAGUCGUCGCUAGAUAUAGCACCCACAUCGUCUGCCAUCGCUGCGCGGGCUGUCAGGAGAUCCACCCUUCUCCCUCGGUCAACAGCUCCACCGAAUGGUUCGAGUAACGGCUCUGAUACUUCUGCUCAGCCAUCUUCACAAGCUUCACACGAGUCCACUAUGGCAUACAUGGAUCAGAUACGCAUGCUUAUACUAGGCAUGGAGAAACAGAUUCAAACUCGCGAGGAGACACUGACUAAAACGAUUGAGCGGGCAGAAGGAGAGAAAACCAAGUACGAGAAUAUACGAAAGGAGGUUCUGGCAGAAGGCCUUUGA